AUGUCUUCAUCCAACGUUUGGGGGAAGACUACCAGCCCGUCACAUGGAAAUAGCAGAGGCUUUUUCAAUCUGGAUGCUGAUUCUACCAAGUCUCCUACUCAAUCUUUUAAAGACGUGCUUUCUAGUACCACGAUGCAAGGUGAUAGCGCUCCUAAACUUACGCAAUCUGUUGUGAACGGUGUUCCUGCUAUUUUAAUUUCUGAUGAGGAUGUUCUUAAGUUAGCUAGUCCGUUUCAGUUUACUAUGGUUGGUAAGUUCGCUUUGCAUCGACCGAAUCUUGACUCUAUUAGAUCAUUUUUUGCUAAUCUUAAACUGACUGGUUUUUACUCGGUGGGGCUUUUGGAUUCUAGACAUGUAGCGAUUCAGUUAUCUAAUGAUCUUGACUAUAGUAGAGUGUUUGCUCGGAGAUCUUACUUCAUAAAUAAUUGUCAAAUGAGAAUUUUAAAAUGGACCCCUUUUUUUGAUGUUCAUGAAGAAUCCCUUAUAGUUUUGAUUUGGAUCUCGUUUCCGAACUUAAGGUUACAUUUCUUUAACCCCCAAGUUUUACAUGCUCUUGGCUCUGUUUUUGGGCGGCCUUUGCAAACUGACCAAGCUACGGCUUCGAGGACCCAUCCCUCUGUGGCUAGGGUUCUGGUGGAAGUUGAUAUUUUGAAAAAACAUCCUAAAGAAGUUUGGGUUGGCUCAAAGGCUUUUGGUUAUAUGCAAAAAAUCGAGUUUGAGAAGGUUUCUGAUUUCUGUUCGCAUUGCAAAAUUCAUGGUCAUGCUAUGUCUGAUUGUUUUAGAUUACAUCCUAAAUUAAAAAAAUCUGUGAAAUCUACGGUUGAGAUAGCUGAUUGUCCUGUUAAUUCUAUCUCUAAUAUUGUGCCAGAUCAAAUUUUAUCUCAUGAUGUUAUGGAUGUCCAGGUGGAGAAGGAGAAUGGCUGUGUCGGGCAGGAAAACGAAGUGGAGGUGGUUGCUAAUAGUGAACGUAAUGUAUUGUGCAAUGAUAGUGAGAAAAUGCCAAUUUUUUUUGUAUCUGUUGAUUCCAUGCUAAAAAUUUCUAUUGAUUCUGCUUUGGCUCAUACGAAAGCUAACUUAGCCAUUAAUGAGGAUUCCGAUGUUAGUGAAGAAGGGGAAUAUAUUCCUUCUGAAAACAAGAAGGAGAAUUCAGUGCAAAAUGUGGAAAGUAGUGAGAAUUGUGAAAAAGGGGAGUAUAUCCCCACGAAAAACAGGAAGGAAAAAUCUAUGCAAAAUCUUGAACGUGGUACUUCUCUACCUGCUGAGUUAGAAGGUUUUAAGUCUAAAAAAGUCAUUGUGGAUGAUUCCUUUCUUAAUAAUGUUGGGAAGGACCAAUUUACUAAAGUUAAUAAGAAAAAGGGGAAGAAAAAUAAAGAAUCUGUAUCCUCUACGCCUUUCUCUACUAGAGCACAAACUAAUGCCAAAGGUUCUCAUGGUUAA